GCGGGCCACUCACUGUAACACACCGUCUGGCACCGACUGCUCUCUCCUGUCAUUCGUCUGCCCGGUACCGUCUUGGCCGCGUCGUGCGAUCAACUCUCUCCGUCCGUGUGCCGUGCGCGCGUGUCCGUAAUAAUAAUAAUAAAAAACAGUGUGUGCAUGUGUGCGUCCGCGACCCGCGCGCGUUAUAUCAUUUCCCGCCAGUGAUUUUAUUUUAUUAUUAAUCAUCUUUUUAUUUGUAUUUUUCCGUACCGUUUUUAUAUUAUCAGGUAGGUACGUAAACCUAUUUUGUACUGUGAUACUUCGCGUUUUUGACUUUUAACGACAAUAGUUUAUAGCACUCGAGUCGUAGCGUACUUCUCAACACAUGGUUAUGAUAUUAAGCAAUAAUAAUUAUUAUAAUAUCAGUUAUUGUUUCUUUCCAAACAAACCAAUCGAUCUCUGUCAGGCAUUUAUUUUUUCGACUUUUUUUUCUCAACUGUGUGUUUUUUUUCUUAAAUGCCCGCGGAACGCCGCAUACGACCGCGUCGAAAGUGCGUACCUACCGCAGCGGAAUCAGUGAAUUAAUACUGUGCGACGACGACUACUUUAGUGCGAUCGCGAAGACGACGCCGUGACAUGUGCAUAGUCAUGACCACGUGUUUAUUAAUCGGAUUCAAUGUGUUGGUCGCUGAUACUGUAUCGCUGACCGCACAAAGUAUAUUGGACGUUGUUGUGGGUAACAGUUUCACCGCAUCCCUGAUGGACAAGCACAAUAAUAACUUCUAUUCCAUGCAGAAAUUUGCUUCUUUGCUUGCUGGAAUAUUGUUUGUAUUUGCGUUGUUUUUCUGUGCUAAGGCCCUAUAUAACGUCUACGGUUCAACCACGAUACCCCAGAAACAUCAACAGCAACAACAGCAGCAGCAGCAGCAGCAGCAGCAGCAGCAGCAGCAACAUCAUCAGUCUACACCCCCCGCAACUAAACGAAUGAAAACCAAACAGCAGAACACUAGCGCCAAUAAAGACGACAGCCCGGACACGGAUGACUCGGUGAACUCAAGUCCGCCGGCGAGUAAAAUUUCCAAAAAAUCGAAACCGUCCUCGGCACCACCAUCUCCCGUUAAGAAUCGCAAACCUCCCGCGGCAGCAGCGGCUCCGGUCCCCGCUCCUGUGGAGCCAUCACCAACCUACGACAACUUUGCGAGUGACGAUCUCCACCAAAACCGCAAGGACGACGACGAGGACUGUAGCAACAAUGACGACGACGACCAUAGUUAUCAAUACCAGUAUCAUCACCGGAACAAGAGGAGUCGCCGUCCGUCCACUUCCUCCUCGUCAUCGUCUACAUCGUCGACGUCGUUCACUAAAACCGACGUCAAGCUGGAACGCCAGUUGAACGGCAGCGGUAGAAAGUUGUCGCCGUUGGUGGCGUCCAAAGUUGGCGUGGUGAUGACCGGUAAAAAAAAGCAGCAGCCGUCUCAAGAACAGGUGGUGACACAAAACGGAGGAUCACAACUGGCGACGGCGGCGCGGACUACGGCGGACGACACGGUUGUCGCAAAAGAGAAGGUUGUCCAGAAAUCGACUGCUGAACUGAACCGGAAGAAGGAACAAUCGAAACAACGAAACAAGGAAAAUGUUAAAUGUAUGGACUACAACGAGCUGAAUAACAACUGUAACAUCGCAGACAACAAUAACAAAACCAAUAAUGUCAAUCUUGAAACAACGUGCAAGAAAAUGGGGAAAAGGUUGAGGAAAAAAUUCAAUAAGAAUAAAGCAGAAGGGUUAGGCGAGACGAAGACGCCAACGGAGACCACGGUGACCACGACGAACGAAACAGGAUCGAUAACCGUAGAAAAGGGGAUCCGGACGAAAACGACAAAUACUUCGAGAGUGCCACCACCGUCUUCAGCGCUGCAGCUAUCGUCCUUUAUCUCUGAGACAGGGGAAGCGUUUGGGGAUAGCAUGCGGGGGUUCUUGGAGUUGAGUGACGAAGCCAUCUAUACUCAUCUGAAAUCAUUUUACGUGCUGUGUGAGACAGAUCUGUACGAUUGCGGAUUUCCGACACAGUCCUUAAAGCCUGGGUAUGCGGAUUGCUUCAGGCAGAACAUGCGGCACAAGAUGCUGAACCCUGUGGCCAAAGAGUUCUGUUUGGAAAUGCCGGAGACGCCGUCGACGUCCUCUUCGCCAGCUCCACGGCAGCUCGCGCUUCCCAAAGAUACCGGUGAUGGACAGCAGAAACAAAAGCAGCAGCAACCGUCAUCGCAUAAUCACGUUCCGUGCGUUCGGUGCACGUCGUUCUUCAAUGUGAGGGACGAGGCAAGGGCUGCGAUGCCCGGCCGAUGCGUGUACCACUACGGCAAGUACAAGUUCAAUACGAGAGCGUACGAUUGCUGCAAUGAUGACUGCCAGACGUCGCAAGGUUGCACCAAAGCCGACCGGCACGUUUGGAAUGGAUUCGUGGAUGGACAAAACGAGAUCGGCAAUUUCGUUGAUACGAUGGACGAGAACAGCCCGUACACGUCGGGUCCAGGAAAAGAGUCUCAGGACAAUCGCAGCGUGUACGCCUUAGAUUGUGAAAUGUGUUACACCGAGUGUGGCCUGGAGUUGACCAAAGUGACUUUGGUGGACAUCGCCGGUGUAGUCGUCUACGACACUCUGGUCAAACCCAGCCGUCCGAUUGUCGAUUACAACACGCGGUUCAGUGGUAUCACCGCGGAACACUUCGCACGCUAUUCGGCCAAGACGCUGAACCAGGUCCGGCGUGACUUGUUGCAAUUCAUCAAGAAAGACACGAUACUAGUCGGCCAUGGACUGGGCACCGACCUGCUGAUGCUUCGCAUAAUCCACCGAGUGGUGGUGGACACGUCUUUGCUGGUCCCUCCCGUGCCGAGCGCCUCGUCAAAUCCCACAUUCAAGUUUCCACUGAAAGUGCUAGCCUCUCGACUACUAAACCGCGAAAUCCAACUCGAACACGGCCACGACAGCAAAGAGGAUGCCCGGGCCGCCAUGGACGUGGUUCUGUUCUAUAUGUACAAAAGUAUGACCACCCGUCCUUCUUCAUCUUAGCAGCUGGUCGCUCUGCGCCCGACUGAGCGCAGCCCCCAACACCAUCCAGUCUCACUGCUGCACCCUGCACCUCACUUUGUCGUUCCUAUUUAUGUUCAUGCAUAUUAUUAUUGUUAUUAUCAUAAUCGCGCAUGCGCGCAUACAUAAUAUCAACUGUACAUUAUUAUAUCGUCGAGUAUUACGUUUAUUGUGUUUAAUAUGUCUAUAAUAGAUAUGGGUACGCGUAUGUGCCGUGCGCGUGUAUAAUAAUAUCAUCAAAAUAAUGUGAUGUAAAAAUUUUUUUCCUAUUUUAAAAAAAAAAAUAUUUUAUACGACUAUUUUUCACUUGACAUUGUGAUAAACCGAUCGACGGAUGAUCCGGCAUGUAAAACGGUCAUCCCGCUCCGAUCUAAA